AUGCUGCGUCAAGUGUGCAAAACGAAUCUGCGAUCCAAGCAGACGGUGGAUAAACUGCUGGUGCCACUUUUUUCAACGCAAAGCUGCAACGGCCUACUGAGUGUUGUUGGGACUCGGCCGAGUUCUUCUACAUCAAAGUGGAAUCCAUUCCAUGAGCAAUUGUUAGUUCGUCGCAAAAAUGAUUUCGCCAAUACCAGCAGUAUGGCACAGAACGGCUUCGGACAUGCGGCACCGCAGAUCAACGCUCUACCCAAAUCGCAGGCCGUAUUCGAUCGCGAGGAUAAAUUCGGAGCCCACAAUUAUCAUCCGCUUCCGGUGGCACUAGCCCGUGGUGAAGGAGUUUACGUGUGGGACGUGGAAGGCAAGCGCUACUAUGACUUUCUCAGCGCAUAUUCAGCCGUCAAUCAGGGACACUGUCACCCGAAGAUUGUGCAGGCGCUGGUGGAACAGGCGCAAGUCCUAACACUUACAUCGAGAGCUUUUUACUCCAACGUGCUCGGGGAGUACGAGGAAUUCGUCACAGCGCUGUUUGGCUACGACAAGGUCCUUCCCAUGAAUACGGGCGUCGAGGGUGGGGAGACGGCCUGUAAACUGGCCCGCAAAUGGGGAUACAAGGUGAAGCAAAUCCCAGAAAACAAAGCCAAAAUCGUGUUCGCCGAGGGAAACUUCUGGGGCCGGACGUUAGCCGCCGUGUCCUCGUCCAACGAUCCUAGCAGCUAUGCUGGGUUCGGACCCUUUAUGCCUGGGUUUGAGCUUGUACCGUACAACGACACUGCUGCCCUGGAGAAGGUCCUGCAGGAUCCACACGUGUGUGCGUUCAUGGUGGAACCGAUACAGGGCGAGGCAGGAGUCGUCGUGCCGGACGAUGGGUACCUGCGAAAGGUACGCGAGCUCUGCACCAAGUACAACGUGCUGUUCAUCGCGGACGAGGUGCAAACAGGAUUGGCCCGUACCGGACGCAUGCUGGCCGUGGAUCAUGAGGACGUUCGUCCGGAUAUUCUCAUUCUCGGUAAAGCUCUCUCCGGUGGCGUUUAUCCCGUGUCGGCCGUCCUGGCCAACGAUCCUGUGAUGCUUUGCAUUCUACCCGGUGAACACGGUUCAACGUACGGAGGCAAUCCGCUCGGUUGCAAGGUGGCCAUAGCGGCACUGCAAGUACUCGUGGAUGAGAAGCUCGCUGAAAAUGCCGAACGAAUGGGGCAAAUGUUGCGGACAUCCUUGCGCGAACUGCCCACGGACGUGGUGUCGGUCGUGCGUGGUAAAGGACUUCUGAACGCCAUCGUCAUCAAUCCCAAUUUCGACGCGUGGGAAGUGUGCCUGCGGUUGAAGGAGAACGGGCUGAUCGCGAAACCAACCCACGGGGACAUUAUACGCUUCGCACCACCCUUGAACAUCAACGAGGAGCAGCUGAAGGACUGUUUGCACAUAAUCAAAACGACCAUAAUGUCUUUUGCAAAGAAUUAAUCCACCGUGCGACGUGUCGGGAAGGAUCCCGAAAGGGGCAGGAAAGACAAUGCAGAGGUCGUCAGAAGUAUUUCUCACAAAUAGCACACCAGCUGAGCAUAACGAUGUAUGAUAUUAUAAUAGCCUAUAAGGGUUAGAUUAAUAUACAAAAUUAACCUUAUGAAUCA